GUGACAGACAUUUUGUGCAUUGAGGAGCCCAAGCUGCCAGACUCCCUGUCUGUCUCUCACAGGGGCGGAGAGAAGCACAGAAAUUCAAGCUUGUUCUCUGUCUCUUUAAUCAGAGCAAGAGCCAGCCCCUGACUUUAGCUUUUCAUUUCGCGAGAUUUUAGCUUGGCGCCGUGACCCCCAUGUGAGAGCUGUUCCUGGUAAACACUCCCUGCAGCCCAGACAUGGCUUCCUAUUCCUUACCAGCAUAAAAAAAAAUACAGAAAAUACAAUUUUACAGCCAGGCAAAGGCUCCUAUUGGCGUUCUGUGCACAUUUUACUUCUCUGCAGGCUGAUCAGCCUGGGAAUACACUGCUUGCUGCUGAUAUUCUUAUUUUCUUCUCUUUGUCUCCUAGUCUCUCUUUUUUUUUUAUUUUUGAAGGGUUCUUGCUUUUUUUUCUUUAUUUUAUUUUCCUUAAUGACAAUAGAGGGCAUAAAGGAAGCUAAGGAUAUCAAAGGAAUAUUUAAACUCGGUCAUAUUCUAAUCUAGCAGCUCGGUGGACAGACGGUGCUGGUGGCACGAUGUGGAUCCAGGUCAGGACCAUAGAUGGCACUGAGACCCGCACCAUAGAUGACCUGUCAAGGCUGACCAAGAUCGAGGGUCUGAGACUGAAAAUCCAGGAGAGCUUUAACGUGAGCCCGGACAGACAACGGCUUUUCUACCGGGGCAAACAGUUGGAAGAUGGACAUACCCUUUUUGACUACAACGUUGGGUUGAAUGACAUUGUUCAACUUUUAAUUCGUUCAAAUUCUGAUAAUGACACCUCUUCGUCAAAGAAAAAGGAAGGAGAUGGAAAAGUACACCCAAAUACUUCAAUCAAGCACAAGUCACGAGCCAUUGCUUCAAUGAGUCAACCGUCUACCUCUGCCCGAGCCUUUUUGAUUGAUCCAGGCAUUGGAAUUUAUAAGAUAAAUGAGUUGGUGGAUGUUCGUGAUGUAACAAUUGGAGCAUGGUUUGAAGCGACCGUUGAAAAUGUAACACGACCAAAAGGACACAAAAAUGGCAAAUCUCACCUAAAAGGGGGCCAUCCUUACAAAGGGACUAAUGGAAACUUGAGUCAGGAUCAUGAAGAAACGGUUCCCUCCACUUCUUACUCUGAUUAUAUGGAAAAUGAAGAAGAUGCAGUUUAUCAUAUCAAAUAUGAUGAUUAUCCAGAAAAUGGGAUUGUAGAAAUAGAUCCAAACAACUUGCGGCCCAGAGCAAGGACUUUACUAAAAUGGACUGAUCUGAAAGUGGGCGAUGUUGUUAUGGUGAAUUACAAUAUAGAAACACCAGAGGAACGGGGUUUCUGGUUUGAUGCAGAAAUUACAAACUUAAAAGAGAACUCAAGAACUAAUAAAGAAGUCUUUGCCAAGAUUUUGCUAAGUGGAUCAGAAGAUGCGAUAAAUGAUUGCAAAAUUAUGUUUCAAGAUGAAAUUUACAAGAUGGAAAAGCCUGGAGCUUACCCACUCUCCUCUGGGGAUGGAGAAUUUAAAAGGAAGAGUGGACCUGAAUGUAAACACUGCAAGGCUGACCCAGAAACUGAAUGCAGGUUCUGUUCUUGUUACUUGUGUGGUGGGAAGCAGGAUGCCCACAUGCAGCUUCUAUGUGAUGAAUGCAAUAUGGCCUACCAUAUAUACUGCCUGAAUCCACCCUUAGCCAAGAUUCCAGAAGACGAAGACUGGUAUUGUCCUUCUUGUAAAAAUGAUUCCACUGAAGUCGUGAAGGCCGGCGAGAAACUCAAACAGAGUAAAAAGAAAGCAAAGAUGCCCUCGGCCAGCACUGAAAGCCAGAGAGAUUGGGGCAAGGGUAUGGCCUGCGUUGGUCGCACUAAAGAAUGCACCAUUGUCCCUUCCAACCACUACGGACCUAUACCAGGUAUUCCUGUUGGAGCAGCAUGGAAAUUCAGAGUGCAGGUCAGUGAAGCAGGAGUUCACCGACCUCACGUGGGAGGUAUUCAUGGACGAAGCAAUGAUGGAGCCUAUUCACUUGUAUUAGCUGGAGGGUUUGAAGAUGAAGUAGACAGAGGAGAUGAAUUCACCUAUACUGGCAGCGGUGGACGUGACCUUUCUGGGAAUAAAAGGAUUGGAGAACAUUCUUUUGAUCAGACUUUGACUCAUAUGAAUAGGGCCCUGGCCCUAAACUGCGAUGCGGCUCUGAAUGAUAAAGAUGGAGCAGAAUCUAAGAACUGGAGAGCUGGAAAACCUGUCCGUGUAGUCCGUAGCUCAAAGGGGCGCAGAAUUAGUAAAUAUGCUCCUGAAGAUGGAAACCGAUAUGAUGGCAUUUAUAAGGUUGUGAAAUACUGGCCAGAGAUAGGCAAAUGCGGUUUUUUAGUCUGGCGUUAUCUCUUGCGACGUGAUGAUGUAGAGCCUGCUCCAUGGACAGCUGAAGGCAUGGAACGAUCAAAGAAACUUGGGUUGACAUUGCAGUUCCCAGAAGGUUAUUUAGAAGCAAUGGCAAACAAAGAAAAGAAAGAUAAGGUCAAGAAGCAGCCGGUGAAAUCAGAGUCUAGUACCCGAGCUCCUCCAGUAAAUCCCAACCUCCGUAGUGGUUCUUCAAGCCAGAGUAAGCAGAGCAAGACAGAGCAAACCAGCAGCCAGACUGCCAACAGUAGCCCAAUUGUCUUCAACAGCCAAAGCAACGGGAGCCAGAAAAGGCCGAUUGAAAAUGAUGAUGAGGACGAUGAUGAUGAUGAUGACGACGAUGAUUGUGUGAUAACAUCACCCAAAUCUUUGAAACUGUCAGAAGAAGAGCGAGGGGAAUCAUUCGAGCUUACUCAGCAGCAGAAAUGGCUAAUUGCUGAAGACUCUCUUAAUCAGAAGCUGUGGGAUGAAGUGCUCGUUUCCAUCAAGGAAGGACCGAAAUUUCUGAAGAAAGUGGAGCAAACCUUCAUGUGUGUGUGCUGCCAGGAGCUAGUUUACCAACCAGUCACAACAGCCUGCCUCCACAAUGUGUGCAGAAGCUGUUUGCAGCGUUCCUUCCGAGCCGAGGUCUUUUCCUGUCCAGCCUGUAGAUUUGACCUUGGAAAGACUUAUACUAUGGUUCCAAACAAGGUCCUACAAACACUGCUGGACCAGUUUUUUCCUGGAUAUAGCAAAGGACGAUGAUUUGUUGUGCUCCCACAGCUUUUCUGCUUUUUGACUUUUUUUAUAAUUAACGGACAAGUGAAAUAUUUUGAACGGACAAGUGAAAUGUUUAAACUUGGAGAAUUAAAUAAAAAAAAUAAAUAAAAUCUAUCUUCAGUGGACCAAGAUACACCGUGGAACUCUACAUUCAAAGACGCACAUCCUUGUUUCCCCCUACAAUUUCAGUUCAUGCCCAUCUGUACUAAACCUACUAUCCCUAGCUGAAGACGGAAUGGAACCAACACAACAUACUCCCCAAUUACUGAGGUUUGACUCUUCCUGUCUUUGUUAAGCUAUUUUGACAUGGGCAAAGACACUUGGAUAUUGAAAGAAAGCAAAUGGUCAAGUUUCAAAGAGCGCCUUUUGUUGUGCUUGGUCCAUGAACUUUGUUUGCUCCAGUGCUAGGGAGUCCACAGUGCAUUGCAGGGCAAAGUCUACUAGACUCUUCUAGGGCUUAAGAGUUUGCAAUUGCAGCACUUAGAAAGAUGUAUUAGAUUUAAGAGAGCAAUUCCCAUAGCCUCAAUAUACUCUCGUAAAUUUUCAUAUAAUUUUCUUUAUAUUCUUUUUUUCAUUUUUCUUUUAAAAUAUGUUGUUUAUUACAGUGAGCUUCUCUGCUUCGUAUUUUGUACCUUAUGCAAAUUGACUACUAAUAACUAAUGAGAACAAUAUAUAUGGGUUGUUGCUACAUUAGUGUAACGUGAUCUGUGUUUAAUUUUGUUUUGUGCUUUUCUUUUCUCUUAUAGAUACGCAGGGCAGUCUAGCUGUGUGAUUUGUUUUUCUCUCUUUAUUAAACAUGCCACUUUUGUAACCGUUUUAUCCUUUUUUGUUCUGUUUUUUUGCCUUGCUCCGUAGGGUUUAAUAUCCGUGGCAAUACAAUCUGCAAAGCAUUUCAAAUGGUGUUAGUAAUAGCUUGGAGGGGGUCUGAAAAUUUGCUUCCUAUUGUGAUCUCAAAUUUUAUACACAGCAUAUUCCCUACAAUAUACGUUAUUAAAUAUUUUAUGAUUCUGAA